AUGUUGACCUUCCUUUCUAUUCUCCUUGCCACCCCGGCCUUCGCCGCGGCGGCCGUUUUCCCCGUCAUCCAAAGUAACUAUGGACCGGUCAAGGGUGCAGCAUCGCCUUUCCGGGACGGCGUAACUGUCUACAAGGGCAUUCCUUAUGCCGCACCUCCCACCGGGUCGAAGCGUUGGACUCCUCCCACCAAGCCCGACUCAUGGACCGAGACACUCAACGCAACUGAGUUCGGUCCUCAGUGUGCCCAGCCAUACUCCGACGCUGGUAUUUUCUCUUCUGGGAAGAAUUCAACCAGUGAGGACUGUUUGACCCUGAACAUCUGGACCCCUACCUACAACACCACCUCCGCUACUGAGAUUAAGAACAAAAACCUCCCUGUCUACGUUUGGAUCUUCGGCGGCCGUUUCGAGGGAGGCUCCGGAGAUGUCAUCACCUAUGAUGGAACCGGUCUUGCGUCCAAAGAUAUCAUUGUUGUUACUUUGAACUACCGCCUCGGUGCCUUUGGCUUCCUUGCUCACCCCGACCUAUCGACUGAGUCUGGACACAAUAGCUCUGGAAAUUACGGUAUUUUGGACCAGCAGUUUGCUCUCCGCUGGGUUCAAGACAACAUUGCCCACUUUGGUGGAAACGCCAGCCAAGUCACCGUUGGCGGCCAAUCUGCAGGAUCUGCUAGUGCAUUGGACAUGAUGUGGAGUCCUCUCAGUCGCGGUUUGAUUCACGGUGUUAUUUCCGAAAGUGGUGCUCGUGGACCUCAUGACCCUGCCACUGGUGGUGUUGCUACUAGCUACAACACCAAAGCCGUUGCUGAGGCCUUUGGUGUCACUUUCCUGAAGACCAUGAACGUCUCGUCGAUUGCCGAGCUUCGCAAGCUCCCUAUGGCUGACCUUAUCGGAGAGGGCCAAUUGAUGGAAGACGACUACUUUGAGGGCACUGCCUUCUCUGACCUCUUGUCCGGACCUCCCCGCUGGCGUCCCGUUAUUGACGGCUACGUGCUCCGUCACGGAUACGGCGAAUCUUUGGAGCUGAACGCCCACGCCGAUGUGCCCAUCAUGACUGGUAACAACAAGAACGAGAAUGAUGGAGGUGCCUCUACCGUUUCCACUUACAAGACUUUGUGGACAAAGGUGUUCGGUAACUACUCCGCCGAGUUCUUCUCUCUCUACCCUGCCAAGACCGACACCCAGGCCAGCGCUAAUAGCGAUGCUGUACUGCUCGAUAUGGCCCGUGUUGGAACUUGGGAAUGGGCCGCCGAAUGGGCUGCCGGAGGUGCAAAGAAGGAUGUCUUCGUGUACUACUUCACCUCGUCUCCUGCAGAGGGCUCGGGUGGCGCAUACCACGGUGCUGAGCUCUGGUACGCUUUCAACAACAUUCCUUACUCCGACUACUCCAAUGUCACUUGGAAUGCCACCGAUUACAAGAUUGAAUCGGUUAUAUCCGAGUACUGGGCCAACUUUAUCCGCACGGGUAACCCCAACGGAGAUGGUUUAGUUCACUUCCCUGCGUCUUCCAGCAACUACUCUGCUAUGCAACUCGGCGACUCCUUUGGUGCGGUUCCAAUCGCCGCGUCGAAGAAACGCAUCGCCUUCCUCCGUCGCUGGAUGUCCACUUUGCACGAGUACUAA